GACAGUGCCCCCCUGCUUAUGCGCCGCAGUGCGCAGCUUUCGAACUCGUACAAAAGCCACGUAGCGGACCUUAUCGAUGAUAAUCGAUCCUCAGUUAAAAAUGGUAAUCAAGCAUAGUGCAGAAUCUGCAGAUAGCCCACCUUCCUACGACUAUGUCGCAGCUCAGGCUACUUCAAAUGUUGGAGAACAACAACCACCUUUGAUGAAUGACAAGAAUGCGAACCAACAAGUGCAGCUGCCUUCAAUACCUCCUCACACUGUGAUGGCUGUUCACUCUCGUCCUGCGCCUCUGGUGCAGCAACCCAUAGUCUACCAUUAUCAGAAUCCCUUGACUGGCGAGCGCAUCGCCUCGCUACUGCCCCCAGACCACCCAGAAAUGAUAUGUUUGCAACAAGGGGCACAUGUCAACGAAACCAAGUUUGGCAUUCUAGGAAUUUUGGCUGCAAUCGUUUGGUUCCCGUUGGGCAUUGGCCUUUGCCUUCUUGACCGGAGGGUCAAGUGCAAGCGCUGCGGGGCGGUCAUAGACAACGGUAUUUGUGGUUAAUCAGUAUUGCAUUCCUUCAGUCUUCUUCCUUCAUGUUCUUUGGACGCCUGCAACGCACAGUCAUGUUCUCCUUGUUAUUCAACGUUUUCAUCUCUAUAUCCCCGAUUUCCGCAGUGUUCCUAACUUAAUGUAUAGCUGUAGUAUCUAAAUUACAAUUUGACGGACAGAUAUGCAUUAGAUACCAAUUCCAACUUUUCUAAACAAGUAGAUGAUGGGAGCCUAUCGUUGGUACUGCAAUUCUUCUGACGACAGGGCCUGAAGGUCAUUGCCACAGCAUCAAGUUGGACUAGCUUCUAGACAUAAUAUUGAUCACGAUGUUCACCUUCCUAGCUACAUCCUUUAAGGCAUGCGACCACAGGCCUGUAUAGUGCUUGCGUCUUCGAGACUUUGAAAUUUAAAC